AUGGUGAGAAUGGCGAGCAAUGAUUUAAAGACCUGGGUUUCGGACAAGCUGAUGGUGCUACUUGGCUAUUCACAAGCAGCUGUUGUUAAUUAUCUCAUUGCAAUGGAAUUUACAAAUGUGGUUGUGAUUUAUCUCCGUGCAGCUAAGAAAUCAAAAUCACCAACUGAACUUGUUGGAGAGUUGGUGGAUUACGGGUUUUCUUCUUCUGGUGAAACUCGUUCGUUUGCGGAAGAAAUUUUCAGCAGAGUUCCCCGUAAAUCUGCUGGCGUGAAUCUCUACCAACAACAAGAAGCAGAGGCAGCAAUGCUAGUGAGGAAGCAAAAGACAUAUGCUCUUCUAGAUGCUGAUGAUGAUGAAGACGAAGUUGUUGUGGAGAAAAAACCUCCAGCUUCUGAUUCAAGGAAGUCAGAUAAGGGCAAGAAAAGGUUUAGAAAGAAGAGUGGGCAGUCAGAUGACAGUGAUGGCGAGGCAUACUUGGCAACAGUGGCUGUUAGAGAGGACGAUAGACACGUUAGAAGAAAGGUUUCUGAAGACGAAGAUGAUGGUUCUGAGUCAGAAGAGGAAAGAUUGCGUGACCAACAGGAGAGAGAAGAACUGGAGCAGCAUUUAAGAGAUCGUGAUACUUCCCGGACACGAAAGCUAACAGAGCAAAAGAAAGUCUCGAGGCAAGAAUAUUUGAAGAAGAGGGAACAGAAGAAACUGGAUGAACUAAGGGAUGAGAUAGAAGAUGAACAAUAUCUUUUCGGAGGUGAAAAGCUCACAGAAACAGAGCUUCGUGAGUUUAGAUACAAGAAAGAACUCUAUGAUCUCGUGAAGAAAAGAACACAAGAUGAAGAUGACGUAGAAGAGUAUAGAAUUCCAGAUGCUUAUGAUGAUCAAGAGGGGGGUGUGGAUCAGGAGAAGAGGUUUGCUGUUGCUGUACAACGAUACAAGGACUUGGAUUCAACGGAGAAAAUGAAUCCAUUUGCAGAGCAAGAAGCUUGGGAGGACCACCAGAUUGGAAAAGCAACAUUAAAGUUUGGCUCAAAGAAUAAGCAAGCAUCAGAUGAUUAUCAGUUUGUGUUUGAGGACCAAAUAAAUUUCAUAAAGGAAUCUGUGAUGGCUGGUGAAAAUUAUGAAGAUGAUAUGCAUGCUAAAGAAACUCAAGAUGCGGCAGAGAAAACAGCUUUAGAGGAACUUCAGGAUGUCAGAAGAAGCCUGCCAAUUUACGCAUAUCGUGAGCAACUGCUUCAGGCUGUGGAAGAGCAUCAGGUUCUUGUCAUUGUGGGAGACACUGGUUCCGGGAAGACAACACAAAUACCACAAUAUCUCCAUGAAGCUGGUUACACAAAGCGCGGAAAGGUUGGUUGUACGCAGCCCCGAAGAGUUGCGGCUAUGAGUGUUGCUGCUCGUGUGGCUCAAGAGAUGGGUGUCAAACUCGGACAUGAGGUUGGCUAUUCCAUUCGAUUUGAGGACUGUACUUCAGACAAAACAGUUCUGAAGUAUAUGACUGAUGGAAUGCUUUUGCGUGAGCUGCUUGGCGAACCAGAUCUUGCCAGCUACAGUGUCGUUAUUGUGGAUGAAGCGCAUGAAAGGACCUUGUCAACCGAUAUACUGUUUGGAUUGGAUAUAGCGCGGUUUCGACCUGAUUUGAAGUUGUUGAUAUCUAGUGCUACAAUGGACGCAGAAAAGUUUUCGGAUUAUUUUGAUACAGCCCCGAUUUUUAGUUUCCCAGGAAGAAGGUUUCCGGUUGAAAUCAACUUCACAAGUGCACCUGAAGCUGAUUACAUGGACGCAGCAAUAGUUACUGUCCUUACGAUCCAUGUGAGGGAGCCACUUGGAGAUAUCUUGGUCUUCUUCACUGGUCAAGACGAAAUUGAGACUGCAGAAGAGAUCUUGAAGCACAGGAUAAGAGGUUUGGGUACGAAGAUCCGCGAAUUAAUUAUAUGCCCGAUUUACGCAAAUCUUCCAAGCGAACUCCAAGCAAAGAUAUUUGAGCCAACUCCAGAAGGAGCACGUAAAGUAGUCUUAGCAACAAAUAUCGCUGAAACGUCAUUGACCAUUGAUGGUAUAAAGUAUGUUGUUGAUCCUGGCUUUAGCAAGAUGAAGUCAUAUAACCCGAGAACCGGGAUGGAAUCUUUGCUUAUCACUCCUAUCUCUAAGGCUUCAGCAACUCAGCGAGCUGGUCGAGCUGGAAGAACAAGCGCGGGGAAGUGUUACCGUCUCUACACAGCGUUUAAUUACAACAACGACUUGGAGGAAAACACAGUGCCCGAAGUACAGAGGACGAAUCUUGCAAGUGUGGUGCUUGCUUUGAAGAGUCUCGGGAUUCACGAUCUGAUCAACUUUGAUUUCAUGGACCCUCCACCUGCUGAAGCACUUGUGAAGGCUCUAGAACUGCUUUUUGCUCUGGGUGCCUUAAAUAAGCUCGGUGAAUUGACCAAAGCUGGUAGAAGGAUGGCAGAGUUUCCCCUUGAUCCGAUGUUGUCGAAGAUGAUUGUUGUCUCUGACAAGUACAAGUGCUCAGAUGAGAUAAUAUCAAUCGCUGCUAUGUUGUCAAUCGGAGGCUCUAUCUUCUAUCGUCCCAAGGACAAACAGGUUCACGCAGACAAUGCAAGAAUGAAUUUCCACACUGGAAAUGUCGGUGACCACAUCGCUUUGCUAAAGGUUUACAGCUCAUGGAAAGAAACAAACUAUUCUACUCAGUGGUGCUACGAGAACUACAUUCAGGUACGGAGCAUGAAAAGAGCCAGAGACAUCCGUGACCAAUUAGAAGGACUUCUCGAGAGAGUGGAAAUAGAAAUCAGCUCGAACCUGAAUGAUAUGGACUCAGUUAAGAAAUCCAUUGUAGCUGGUUUUUUUCCUCAUACUGCGAAGCUGCAGAAGAAUGGAUCAUAUCGAACUGUGAAGCAUCCCCAAACAGUGCACAUACAUCCCAACUCAGGCUUAUCUCAGGUAUUGCCGAGAUGGGUUGUAUAUCAUGAACUAGUGCUUACCUCCAAGGAGUUUAUGCGACAGGUAACGGAGUUGAAACCAGAGUGGUUGAUUGAGUUAGCUCCUCACUACUACCAGCUCAAGGACGUUGAAGAUGCUGCAUCAAAGAAAAUGCCCAAAGGAGCUGGAAAAGCUGCAAUAGUCUACUUCAGAGAUGUAACGCUUCAGGGCGGUUUCAAGCCGGUCAGCGAAUGA